AAUUUCACUUGUGUCACUUCGCUGUGCGGACAUUUCUCCCAUUUUCUGUGGCUCCCUGUUCUGGGGGAGAAGGACUCUCCUGUGCUGAAGAGUGACUCACUCCUCGAGCCCCGAAGUCCCUGGACAAGCUAUUCGCCAGAGAUUCAUGGUGUUGCGCGAGGAGAGUGUCUUUGAGUGCGAAAAUAAGUGUUUUUCAUCUCAUAUGGAACUGGAGGCGAAGGGUGAAAUUUAAGUGGUGAGAAAGGACUGUUGUAAAAGCCACUGCGACACAGGAUAAUGCCGAACCUUCUUUUCGACCCCAAUCCCGGGGUGAAGCUGACACCACUGGAAUCAAUGGUGCCGGUCGCUGCGGGUCUGACCGCCGCCGUGGUUCUGGCCGUGCUGACAUGCUACUGCGCCCGUCGCAUCCGGCAGCGCAACAGGAAGACUAACGGCCACGAUGCCAGCCUUCCCUUCCAGCCACCGCGGCGCCCCACGGCUGUGCGCUCGCCCAGCGGCGCCCCGCCGCACUACCUCAAGAAGUCCCCAUCGCCGACGGGCAACAAACCACCUCCCGGCUCGCUGCAAUCGCCGCCCGAGGCCCCCACGCAAGUACGCUACGCCGAAGAGAGCGAGACUGGACCUCUGCCGCGCAUGGUGGCCCACGAGACACGCGCCCCCGAGCCCGAGAGCCCCGUGGACCAGGGCGACUGCGGAGAGUACGGACGACUGGGAACAUUGGUCUUCAAGCUGCGCUUCCUCGUCGACAAAGGAGCUCUCGUGGUGUCCGUUGUGCGCUGCCGCGGUCUUCCUGGCAAGGGCGGCACUGUGAGCAAUGGAGACUUGAGCGGCGCCAAGAACACCGGCAACACCGAUCCGUACGUGAAACUGCAGCUGCUUCCCGAGAAGCAGCACAAGGUGAAGACUCGCGUGGUGAGGAACACCAGAAAUCCCGUCUACGAUGAGGACUUCACCUUCUACGGACUCACUCUGGCCGAACUGGGCUCCAUGUCCCUCCACUUUGUCGUCCUCAGCUUCGAUCGCUACUCCCGCGAUGACGUGAUCGGCGAGGUCAUCUGCCCCAUGUCCAGCAUGGAACUCUCCCAGAUCGAGAAUCAGCAGAUGGCAUUCAGCAAAGAGAUACAGCCCAGGAGUCUCAAGAUCCGUGCUCAGGGACGUGGCGAGCUUCUCAUUUCACUGUGCUGGCAACCAGCAGCUGCCAGGCUCACAGUUGUUCUGCUGAAGGCGCGCAAUCUGCCCCGCAUGGACGUGACCGGCUUGGCUGACCCCUACGUGAAGAUAUACCUUCUGUACAACGGCCAGAGAAUUGCCAAGAAGAAGACACACGUGAAGAAGAGGACACUGAGUCCCGUCUUCAACGAGAGCUUUGCAUUCGACAUCCCAACAACUGAGGGAGCUGGAGCCACGCUGGAUGGGGUCGCGCUGGAGCUGAUGCUCCUCGACUGGGACCGAGUGACGAAGAACGAGGUGAUCGGGCGGCUGGACUUGGGCGGUCCUCGGUGCACGGGCACGACUCUGAACCACUGGAAUGAGGUCUGUAAUUCACCGAGACGACAAAUUGCCGAAUGGCACAAAUUAGUUGAGUAAAUGAGAAACAGCCAAAAGGUAAAUGGAAGGAGCAACACCACCCACUUAUUCUUUUUUGGCCAUCGAAAUCAAUAAUUCCUCCUCCCCUUUUUCGAGUGGAAGCAAAAUGAAAAAGAAGAGUGACGAGGCAGAGAUGCGUAGUGGAGUGAAACCAAAGACAUAUAUACUAAAUAGUAGAGAGAGAGAAAGCAAAACACUUGCAGACGUGGGAGAAAUUGCGCAAGAGAUGAGAUAUACUAUAGUAAUUAAUGAAAGAAAUUAACUGAAGCUUCUCAAUAUAUACAGGUUUUUGUCUACAGAAUAUAUCACUAUCGAAGAUAAAGGGUAAAUAAAGGAUAAAUAAUCUCUUUGAAAAAGUGAAAUAUACUACAGAUAUACCAAGAAAAUACUAAUUAUUUAAAUUUGCUUCUCUGUGUCAAAUAUUUGUACAAAAAAAAAGAAGAAAAAGAGGAUGAAAAGCAAGAAAAUUUCAUUUUUAUCGACAGAAAAGGCAAUGCAAAAGUUUGACAUAAUAGUUGGUAUAAGAGUUCAUUAGAAAACUUCGAAAGUGGGUCAGCGCAAGAUAGGCGGAAAAUACUGAAAAUGGUCAUUCUUCCUACAUUGACUCUGUGGGACGAAUUUCAAUUCUUGACAACGCUAGCAUCACCUUAUGUAUAGUUUCUAAGAUGACAUCUUAAGAGGAGAAGGGAAGUGUGUAAAAUUAGUCUCACACGAGACACCCAUUAAUUGUAUGUGAAAGUUAUUUCCAGAGACAAAUUUAUCUCUAAUAAUCACACAGAUCGCAUUAUUGAAAUUAUCAAACUUGACAAGCACAAUGAAAUGAAAAAAAAAUCCGCAAUUUCCACAUUUACACACAAAAGCGCAUUUAUUCCCUGUCCCUGAAUAUUUUUCCCGCUGAGCCUGAAACUUAGAGAAGUCAAAUAAGGAUACCUUUAGAAAGUAUGCUUAAAGCAAAAAUCAGAGAAAAAAAUAUAAGGAAGAGCAUAAAAGACAUCUAAGCACAACAAUACAGUAUAUAAAUGAAAAUGCUUUUAAUUGAAUAGUUUUUACAAUAAAUGCCAGAGCUGAAUAUAUAAAUAUUGUACAAUUCUGAUAAUAUUCAAUAUCAUGGUGAAGAGCCAGGAGAACAAAGAGACGGUAUAUUUUUGUGGGGUACACUUCCUUGAAGUAGGACAGUAGGAUAGGAGGACAUAUUUCCUGAGAAAAUAAAAUCCCCUCGAAUUUAGGGCACAGACCAAGGAGAGAAAAACUUUCAAAAAUCUUGAAGAACAAUCGUGAAAGAGAAUAAACCAUUUGAAAGGCUCAGAUGUUUAGUGUUUGAGGAUUGCUUGUUAGCCACAAAUUAACUUUCAUAAGUCUUUGGAAAUAUGGCAAAGCAUCACUAACAGUGACUUGGCAAAUUUGUGUGUGAAAGUAAUAAGUUUUGUGAGUAACAUUACUUAUUAACUUUAUCACAAUUCGUCAAUAAACACCGAAGAUGUGAGUUUUCAAAUGAGUGGUUAGGAUUUUCUGGUAGUUCCAGUUGAAAGAUUAGCAAAAUUAUUACUAUGAACUGAUUUAAUUCAGGUGACUUGUAUUGCUCUUUUUGAAGCGAAAAGACAACGAUUUAUCUGACAUUUUACCUCAUAUCGUAAGGUAGAAAUGAUAUCCCAAAAAAAUCUCUAGCAAUUCCAUUCUCUAUCUUGUUCCUGCCCUGAAAUCGAGGUGAAUAAGUUGAGGAGAAAUCUUGUAAUAUAGCGAAAGAAGAGUAGCAACAGCAUUCUCACCUUUCUUUUGUGUGUGAUUAGCAAGCAAAAGAUUAAGAGUGUGCGUUUCCCCCCUCACGGAAGGUGAUACUGAAGUGGGAAAGCAAUUAAAUGGUUAGUUAUAUACUUGUGUUGGCACAAAAUGAGACACAAUUUUUUCUAAUGCAUCCCCAGAUCACACAGUUCCUUCCAGCACCCCCCGAUCCAGCCCCCUUUCUGUAUAUGUGUUGUACAUAAUUAAGUGGCAAAAAGGAAUCAAUGAUCAUUUUAAGAGAAUCAAUACAAUUUCUAGUAGAGACAAUUUUUGUACAUUACUUUGACAAAAUAUUCUCCCUCUGUUCCAUCCAUGAUGUAAAAGUAUUAUUUAGAGGCGAUGAAUGGAGGCAUUCAAUUGCAAAAUAUGAAUCAUUAGUGAAAUGAAAUAAUUUGUAGAAAAGAUUUGAAGAUAUUAUUGCAUAUUUCAGAAAAAAAAAUUAUAUUGAUUAAUAUUAUAAUGAUUAUACAGAAAUAAAAGUGACAACUUACUAGAA